ACUCAAACCAUAAACGGCACGUGCAGUUGACAAAGCGAGAGUGUCAAAAACAACCAGAUGUAAACAAACAGGUUCCCCGGAUCGCUUCCACGAAAUUUUGUGCGCCGGAACAGGAUCUUUACAAAAUGGGAGGCUGGGCGCUAGAAAUCGGGAAAAUGGCCCUGUACAUGACCUUUCCCGUCGCGAUGUUCCACUGGUUUAAUCAGCCGGAAUACUUCGAGAAGUGGGUUACGGACACUCGGCGGCAGCUGUAUCCACCGGAAAAUCCCGAGCAUCGAGCGCAGAUCGAGAAAGCCAUACGGAACGUACGGGAGCGGCAUGAUAACGAGUUGAUGAAGGCGCUGGAAGAGGUAGAACAGAAAGAACAGCGCGGCAAGGUUUGAGGAGCGCUCCUUUCGAUUGGUCCUAUUCAUCCCCUCAUGUGAUGUAGUGUAAAUAUCCCCCUUUGUUCAGUAGCAUGCAUAAAUAUGAAUAAAAUGCAAAUUUCGUCCUUUAUGUGAAGAAAAGGAGUCCCUUCUUCGUUC